AUGGCCGAUAUCGAACUGUCACAGUCAGCGGGGGGGGAAAAGGAUGAACCCUUCUUGUUUUCCUCCGCUUCUACAGCUUCUUCGUUGCCAAAGCUGACGGAAGAGCUCGGAGAGGACGAGGAGCCCCGAAGGGCGGCGGAGACUCUGCGUCUCCUCCAGUCUCUCUUUUUCUCUUCGGCUCUGGGAGAGAGAUGCUCCGGCUCCUUGGCGGGCUCUUCUGCUGUGCAGCAUGCCUCGGACUUCUCCACACAUCAUGAGGGAGGAACGCGGCCGACUCUGCCGUUUUUUCCUCUCUCCACCUUGAUGAGGGAAACGGUCUCGGAGUACCGAACGAUUCUCGAGCGCGAGAAGGCCGGACACCCCGUCGACCCUGACGAACAGGAAGCGGCUGAAGCCACCCUCUGCGCCGUCAGAGACAGUCAGCGGAGAGAAGAAGGCGAAGAAACAGACGGAGAAAGCCAGACACCCGGAGGCAGAAAGCCUGCGGAGCUCCUGGCGCCCUUCAGGCCCAAGUACGCUGGCCGCAGGCUUCUCCAGAAGACUGCUCAGGACCUGUAUAGGGCCUAUCGCCUCCAGCGAGGGAGAGAGGCGGCAAGACGCAACGACUCUGCGAAGCCGAUCGUGGACGCGGUAGAGUCCGUGGAGGCUCCAGAGUUGUCGGCGACGCGGAUCCUGCUCUGCCUGGCACACCUGUACGGACUGUUGGGCCAGAACUACAUCAACACAGAGGAGACUGCGGAGGGCGAGCGGCGGCUGCGAAAGUGUGUGGAACUCAUCGCAAAGGCGGCUGCGCUCUACCAGCCUCUUUUCGGCUCUAAAUCUGGUCUGCAGUCUUCUGUGUGGUCAUUUCUGCUCUUCUCGCCUGCGGCUCUGCGCGUACGGGUCGCACUCGCGCUCCUCGACCUCUCUGGGCUGUACGCGCGCUGGCAGCGAGGCAGAGACGCCCGGACGUGUCUGUCGCGCGUGGCGCCGCUCCUCGCGCUCGCGGAGAGCGAUCUCGAGGAGGAGUGGACGGGGCUUAUUUGCGCAAAUAGCAGAGGUCCAACGCAGGGAGCAGAAGACGCGGAGACAGAGGCGCAAUGUAGCGCGAGUGAGCAGACGCGCGAGGCGGCGCGUCUCCUGGGCCUCGUAAUUCACUCCCUCCGUUUUCUUCGGAGGUGCGUCUCGGCGCAAGUGUGGAUGCUGCCCAUUGAGGGCAGUGAAACCGAGAACGGGGGGUCUGCGAGUCCCGAAGAGGCCGCACAGGAAACGUGUACAGCUAUGGGGGAGUUGCUAGAGAAGCGAGAGAGAUUGCUUAAGCGAGCCCGCGAGCGGGAGGAAGCUGAGCAGCAGAGUCUGGCCAGAGGGGAGAGUGCAACGCCUGAGGAGGAACGCGCAACGGAGGAGGCGCUUCAAAACACAGGUGGCGGAAAGAGAGGUGAGCCGGUCGAAGCCGUGGGAUCCGAGGCUCGAGACAAUCUCUUCGCUUUCGUUUCCUCUCGUUCUGAUGUGUCCCGCAUCCCAGUCUCUGCCUCCUCGCUCCCCAGCCUCGUGUUUACCUUCUUCUCCUUCUCGCCAUUCGUGGUUGACACCAAAGAGAUCGUUCGAAACCUCCUCUCGCUCGCGACCUUCUACGGCUUCUCUUCUCUGUCGGCAUCCUCGCUGGCCGGCUCAGGCCGCGGCUUGGUGACUCUCUUCUCAGCGGAGUACAUCUUGCAGACUGCGGAGUGUCUGGUUGAGGAGGAGGCGAAGCGCCUAAACGAGUUGCGUCUCCUACGUGAGGCGAGACGCCGACGAGAGAAAGCCACGGAGGCGCAACCAACAAGCGGAGUGCCGGAGAGCGAUGCUUGCGAAGUCGAUUCAAACGGUCCCCCCGGAGACGAGAGGGCCGGACCCGAGCUUGCUCCAGGAGACCAGAGUGAGUCGGAUGAAGAAGAGAUGGAUCGCGAAGGCGGAGAAGUCACCGCGCGCAUCUGCCGCCCCGACGCGAGGACGCUCGAGGAACUUCUCGCCGAAGUACGCAGGGACAAGAGCCUCCUUUACGCUCGGCGUCUCCGGCUCUCCAGAGACGUUCUUUCAGACCCUGCAGGGCUCCUGGACCCUCUCACGAAGAGACAAGAGACAGAAGGCCGAGCGACGGAGACCGUGUCCGACGACCGUCCAUCGACAAGUGAGGGCGAGGCGAGAGGCGCUGCUGAGGCCACCCGGGCAGAUAGACAGGGGAAGGAGAACAAAUAUUUCGCUGAACUCCUUGAAAAACAGACAACGCAGUUCCCUCCUGUGCUCCAAGACGCCCAAGACUGUCUUGCGCUCCUGUCUCUCCCUGAGGCAUUCCUCGCCCGGAAACUUCUCGACAAGCGCGCGACAGGAUCUGAAGGCGACGCGGUGGAGGAAGCAAUAGAGAGUUCACGCGCGGAGAGCGACAUGCGACCGGUGGUUCCUGACGAGCGUACGAGGGAGCAGGAAGGCAUCGCAGACUUCUUCUCCUUGUCCGUGGAACGCGGCGCGGCUCUGCUCCUUGGCGGCCACAGAACAGAUGCAAGCCGAGCAAAAGGCUGCAGCGAAGCUCUGCGAGCGAGCGAAGAGACAUUCUGGAGGCCUCUCCGGGGAGAGGAAGACCGGCUGGUCCGCCUCACAGACGACCUCUACCUCCGCUGCGCUGUGCGAUUCGCACCCUUCCAUCACCAAGUCGGGCAGAAAAUGAGGAAGAUGAAUUACGAGUUCCUCCAGUGCGUGGCCAAACUGGACAGCCUGCCUCCUGCUCUCCGACCCUACGCAACAUUUAUCUCGAAGCACUUGAUGGCACUCGCUCUCUGCGACGACUUCGCAGCGCCUCGAUGUCUCUUUGUCAUGGCCAACCACGAGGCUCAGGCAGCGCUGAAGACCUUCGCAUUGGAUGGCUGGACGACUGAGCACACGCGGUUGAUCAUUCGCGAAGCUGCCCUGUACAAGGAGCUGAGUUUCUUUGAAAACGACGUCCAGCGGUACAUGGCAAUGCAUUCUCGCCGAGCAAAGCUGCUCGCUGCGCUUGUCGUGGAGCUGAACCCUCAGCACUACCUCGACCUUGUGCGCCAGAUGCAUUUCGAAUUGGGCGAGACUUACAAGGAGAUAUACGACGUCAAGUGGACGGGGCAGAUAAACAGGGAUGCCGCCCUCGACGACGAUGUCACUGAAAUGAACCCGGAUGUUGUCCAGCGGGAGGAAGUCACCCGUAUGCGAAAAAGUACAAAAUUGCACGGAUACGCCGAGCGGAGCGUCGCCCACUUCUCAGAGUUCAUUGAGUCUUUCCAGAAGAAAGCCUCGUCGCGGAGCCAGAAGACAGAAGAGAACGAAGUCUGCGAGGAGCUGCUGCCGCUCUACCUUGCUGCGCGUCUGACUCGAGCGAAAAUGUUGAUGAGACUCGGACGAGAUCGCGAUGAGAUGAUUCAGGGCAUGGUUCGCUCUCUGAAGGAGUACGAGUGGCUGAGAAACUUUCUGUCCCAGCGUGAGACCGAGUCUUCUGACUCGUUCCUGCUUCGGCAGCUCUCUUUGUGCGAACAGACGCUCCAGCUGCUGCCUCUGCGCAUUUCCAAGUUGGCUGCUCUCGGGCGAUGA